AUGGAAAAUUACGAAAAUUUGUAUAUGAACACUGAACAUGGUCAACAAAAUGGGUCUAAUACAUCAGCAAAUACUAUGGAUUUAAAUGUUAACGAAAUGUUUAUUCCUAUAUAUCUGUAUAUUAUUGUAAGUUUAGUGAAUGCUGUGAUAUUUAUUGUGGGAACAUUUGGAAAUAUUUUAGUAAUUAUCGCAGUUCUUAAAUUUCGGGAAAUGCGAACGCCAACAAACAUGUUUUUGCUCAAUCUAAGUGUUGCUGAUAUUUUAGUGUUGUUAAUUUGCCAACCUGCUGGUCUUGUGGAAUUUUUCGGGAAAGAUAGAUGGUUUCUUGGACAAAUUAUGUGUAAGCUGGUGCCUUUGAUGGAGAAUGGAGUUUUACAUGUUUCGAUUCUGACAAUGAUUGCAGUUACAAUGGAACGAUAUAUUGCUUUAUGUCAUCCUUUUAAUAGGAACAGAAUGUCUGACAAGAUUUGUUCAACAAUCAAAAUUUGUAUUGCUAUCUGGAUAGUUGGUUUUGUAAUAGCAUUACCUUUUCUUUACAUGACAAAACAGGAAGAUGCCCGAUUUUACGAUGGAAGUCCAAUAAAAGUUUGUAGAACAAUCAUUGAUGAAACUUUGCGCUAUAUUUACAUCGUUAUGAUAGCAAUUGUAUUCUUCAUUUUGCCGCUCAUUGUUCUAAUCAGAAUAUAUACGAAAAUAAUAAAACAGUUGACAUCGGACACGUUGAAGUGUUUAACAAAAAACGACAAAUCAGCACUGACUACGAUUCGUGCCAGAAAACAAGUAGUUAAAAUGCUGAUUGUCAUAAUUAUUUUAUUUUUCUUGACAUUGUUCCCAAUGCGAUUUAUGACACUUUGGCUUAUAUUUACACCAAGCAAUGACGUCACCAAGAUUGGACUGGAAGCAUUCCUUAAUCUUAUAUCUUGGACCAGAGUCCUUAUGUACAUCAACAGUGCGUGUAAUCCAGUCAUAUACAGUGUAACAUCGACAAAGUUCAAAUCGGCAUUUAAAAAAGUAUUGAACCGAAAUGUUCACUCCCGACUUGUCGGCACGAUGUCAACAAGAUGUAACGGUAACGAGAAUAUACUAAGACCUGUUAUAACAUACAAACCUGCAUUUCGAAACAGAAGUGGUGAUACACGAAAUGAAGAGAAUCCUUAUCUAAUAAUAAAAGUACUUAUUCUACAAAAUAAUGAAAAUGUUCCUAAUUGCCAAGGAGACGGAAUGGUAGAGGAAGAAAACUAUUAA